GUUGGGUUAGGUUUUUCUGUGGUUGGUUAUGUAAAACGGAGUCUACUCUUCGAAAAACUAGUAAGCAACUAAAAAAAUGAUUUUGUUAAGAAGUUCGAGACAAUUUUUAUGUAACAGUGGUAGAAAACUACUAAAGGAAAACAAUAAUGUAACGCUAGUACGAACUAUCACAAGUAGAACAACAAGGAGUGGAGAAGAUAGUCAUCCCCCAAAACCAAAACCAUGGCCCUAUAAAGAAAAAGGUUACAACCUUUUCAGUUAUCUAUAUGAUAAAACGACGUCUAGGUUGGACGAGAAUUCAAAAAUAAUAGUUGUGGAGGGUCCUGUAGCAUCUGGCAAGUCGAAAUUUGCCAAGCAACUUGCUAAUGAAUUUGAAAUGUUGUAUUUGCCAGAGGCCAAUCUGGAUAUGAUGUACAUCAACAGCUAUGGAUUUGAUUUGAGAAAAUUAGAUGCUCAGUUGCCAGAUAGUUGUAAGAGCUUUGAUGUUAUGGAUUUCUUGAGAAAUCCCAAACAUGGACAUGCUGCCAAAUUCCAAAUAGAGCAGUAUAUGGUGAAGCUUUCACAAUAUAUAGAUGCUUUAGCUCAUGUCCUAAGUACAGGGCAAGGUGUUGUAUUGGAUAGAUGUGUUUAUUCAGACUUUGUAUUUGCUGAGGCCAUGUACAGCCAGGGAUACAUAUCUAAACCUGCAUAUAGAAAGUAUUAUGAAUUUCGAGAUAAUACUAUUGAUGAACUCUUGAGACCCCACUUGGUCAUUUAUUUGGAUGUCCCAGUACCUACAAUUCUGGAAAAUAUAAAGAAGCGUGCUAUCAGUUAUGAAAAGAAUUCUUCUGUUCUAACUCCUCAAUAUUUAGGAGUUAUGGAAAAAAAAUACAAGCAGAAUUAUCUGAAAGAAAUCAGUAAACAUGCUGAAUUGUUGGUUUAUGAUUGGUCAGAUGAAGGUGAUGUUGAAGUUGUUGUUGAGGAUAUUGAAAGAAUUGAUUUCAAUAGGCAUGAUGAUCAAGAUCCUCAUUUGAAAGAUUGGGUUUACAGAUUGGAAGAAGAAUGGGGUUGCAUAAGACAUUUGUAUGCAGAUAAAAAACAUAGAAUAAUGAACAUACCAAUACCUUGUUUUGAAGUACCUGAGUUGUGUAUUGAUGCUUUAGAGGCUGAUGUGUUUCACAAAGUUAUGGCUGAGGCUCCUGGUGAACAGUACAUGGAAGGAUACAAUGCCCAUCUGGGAGAUAGUGGUUUAUUGUUUAGAUCCAAAGCACCACACAGACACACUUUGCCCAUGAUUGAAAGGAGAACUAUGAAAUGAAGUAGGAUAAUUUUUUAUGUAUGAUUGAACAAGUAUUACAAAUAAUAUAAUACCUACAGUUUGAACAUUAUGUUUUUGUGAUUUGUUAAAUAAUAUUAUGUCAUAGUCAUCAAACAGUUCCAUUCUCCAGUUUCUUAAAAUCCACUUUUUCUCCUUACCUCCUGUUUUCAAUUGCCUAUCCAUGUAAUAAAAAAGGGAAUAAAACAAUCAUAAGU